GCACGUCGGCAAUUUAAAAACUUGAAGAUCAACAUUUAUUAAUAUUUCUCAUAGUUAUGUACGGUUUAUAAAAAUUCAACGUAACAAUGAUUAUAUGUUGGUGUUAGAGCCCCGGCGUGCAACCCGUGGCUGUGUCCAUAGGUUUGUUCGGUGGAUCGUACUGUAGUCUGUAGUGCUAUCUCACCGAACACUAACAGUAACACAGCAACACAGAACACUCACUCUCACUGCAGUGACUGCCAGUAAACAAACGCUGGCAUUGGAUCAGGCUCUGGGACUACCUAGUACCUUCUUUGGUCGCAAAUAAUUAUACAUGAAUUGGUGUGACGUCUGUGCACUGAACUAUGCCACGAAAAAGGAGACGAAGCUCUCGGAAACCAGAACUGGUAUUCACCGAGAGUCCCGUACUGGGGUUUCCGUACAUGACGCGUUCCGUAAUGGGAGCUGAGCAUCCCAUCACGGCGCGAGUCGUGCCGCCAGAUGUGCAAAGUGGCUUCUCUUGGGUGUCGCCAAACUUUGACAGCAGAGCACGCUCUUGCCGGUCGGCACGCAAAGUUCAGCGGAGAGAAGCUUCUACCUCCGAGGUCAGUAACAGGGCGCCUGUCGGUGCCAAGGCCCGUCGUCGCAGGAAAGCACACCUCGAAUUCGUCGGUGGCCUACCGGACGGAGGGACGGGCAACGUGUCGGUCGAAGGAUCGUUGAAGGUCGCUCGCGAGACGGCGGCCGAGCCGACGGCGCGGGAAACGUCUGGCGUUGCCGACGACGCGGUCUCCGACAACGCGGUCGUUCAUCCCGAGGCGGCGUGCGUGCACCGAGCGAAAAGGAGAAGCAGCGUAGCGUGCGCGUCGUCGCAGCCGCCUCCCGUCUGCGACGCGCUCGUCACGCCACCUAGCAGCCGGCGCCAUCGUCAGACGAGCGAGUCGCGACGUGCGGGGAUCGGCGACGGCGUCCCGAGCACGAGGGAUUCGCAGGGAGGUGGUUGCGGCAGCAGUGCCUGUCAUGAACCGUGCCGGGAACGUGAACGUCAUAGAUACACGUCGGUCCGAGACAGGAGCCAGUCCUCUUCUUCCGACGUAGACAGACCUUCCGGUGGUGUGACACAGACUUGCCCGCGCCUGCCGCUGGCGAACCGCACCCAUCCUCUCACCGACGACGCGAAUCUUUGUGAUAGAACGCGAAGGCGGGUUAGCGUCACCGCCGACCCGCACUCCCCUGCGUUCGUGUCCGGCUACGAUGACGAGCGCGAGGUCGACAGACGUAGGCGCGACGCAAACGGUGACGUUGACAAUCGCUUCCGGACGACGCCGUUAAACGUAGUCGGUCGCAGGCUCCGGUCUCGGCACGUGUUGUUUCGCGACGAGAAUGAGCGGGAUGCGACGACGAGGGAAGGCUGCCGGAGGGUUUACGCGUACGACACGCCCGAAUCGGAGUACGGAAUGACGUGGAGACAGCGGAGGCAUCGCUGGAUAGAAAAGCGUCUACGACGCAGGAGCAAAGAACAGCAAGCUCCGCAACGCGACGACGUGAUAUAGGUAUACAGCUAGAUUUAAAUGAUUGUGUCGAUAAAUUUUCGCAUGCAAUUGCCGAGCUGCCGGAUGAUGUACUGCCGGCGGUUUAUUUUGAAAUGUGACGACGUGAAUCGAUGCUGGUGAUCGUGUCUGUGAUUUGUGUUGUAGCGUUCGUUAUUAAAAUAAAUUAUUUAUUAUUA